AUGCACAGUGCUCUCGCAGCACGCCAACACAUGGACACCACGGAUCUCUACGCAGACUACGUGGACGCUACCGCCGCGCUUAUCCGCGCACUUGCAAGGCUCUACCUUGCCCAGCAGGGCUGCGUUGCGCCCGACCCGGCCCAGCUGGAGCACUACGUCCGACACCAGCUGGCAGCGGCCGCCAACGCCGCCACCACCCGCCUUUUGCCUGGAAACCCGCUGGCAGCCCAGCUACAGGCCCUACGAUCCGAGAGCUACCACGCAGAUGCUGAGAUCCGUGCACAGCUAGCCGCUCAGUGGCGCUUGCUGAAGGUUUUUGCUGACCAACGCGCGACCUACUGCGCGCUCGCAGAGGACACCGCCGUUAUAUAUGGCCAGCUUCGAGCACGCCACGCCGCACGCACCCGGCGCCCCGCACACCGCGCCCCCGCUACUGAGCGUUUACGCGAGCUACUCCUACUUCUCAUCCUCCAGGGCGGCUACCAUGGCACGCACCCCCGCGUGGACGCCUGGGUGCAGAGCUUGACGAUCACGUGA